CCGUUUCUGGUCCAGGAACUUCCCCAAAAGUGUGUUUCUAAUUUUAUGGAAACCCUUUGAAAUUUGGCAGUUUUCAAAAGUAUGCAGGGGAAAAAAAAAGUCUGCCAGAGGUUUGGCCUCCAACUGUGAAAACAGACACUGCCUUUUCAGACUCGACUCCUAGAUCCACUGACCAACACCCAGAAGAGAAUUUACAUUCUUCUAGAGUACGGCAGGAGAAUGAAGACCCGGCUAAAAAUCCUAUUUGGCGUAGUUAUAUGCCUUUUGCUUUCCUUAUUACUUAUGUGUAUUGUUCUGCUUCCAUCAAGAGUUGUCAACAAAGAUGCUGGUCCUAGAGCUCUCACACUGGAGGAUUAUUUGAAUGGAAACUUCCAGUAUAAAACAUUUUUUCCAUAUUGGGUGUCAGAUAAUGAAUAUCUUCAUCAGUCCGCAGAAGAUGAUAUUAUUCUUUACAAUGUUGAAAUGACCUACCCCACUACCAUCAUGACUAACAGCACAAUGAAGCAAGUCAAUGCUUCAAAUUAUGUGUUGUCAUCAGACAAACAUUUCAUAGCUCUGGAAAGCAAUUAUUCAAAGCUGUGGAGAUACUCUUAUACAGCAUCAUACCACAUUUAUGAUCUCAUAUAUGGUGGUUUUGUAACAGAAAAUCAGCUUCCACAUAAAAUUCAGUAUAUAUCCUGGUCACCCGUUGGACACAAAUUGGUGUAUGUAUAUCAGAAUAAUAUCUAUUUGAAACAAAGUCCAAGAGAGGCACCAAUUAAAAUAACUAGUGAUGGAAAGCCAAAUGAAAUAUUUAAUGGGAUUCCUGAUUGGGUCUAUGAAGAGGAAAUGCUAGCAACAAAAUAUGCACUGUGGUGGUCUCCGAGUGGAAAAUAUUUAGCAUACGUGCAAUUUAAUGAUUCUGACAUACCAGUUAUUGAAUAUUCAUAUUUUGGUGAGGACCAGUAUCCCAGAAAGAUAAUUAUCCCAUACCCAAAGGCUGGGGCUAAAAAUCCUACUGUUAAAGUGUUUAUUGUAGACACGAUUAACACUGAAGCGUUUGGUCCCAAGGAGGUGCCAGUUCCUGCAGUUAUAGCAUCCAGUGAUCACUAUUUCACUUGGCUUACUUGGGUAACAGAUAGUCGAGUCUGUGUGCAAUGGCUGAAGAGAAUCCAGAAUUUUUCAGUCUUAGCUAUUUGUGACUUCAAAGAAAAGUCAAAUACUUGGGACUGUCCAGAGAAUCAACAGCAUGUAGAAGAGAGUCAAACAGGAUGGGCAGGCGGAUUCUUUGUUUCUGCACCAUAUUUUACAUCAGACAGCAGUUCAUACUACAAAAUUUUCAGUGACAAAAAUGGUUAUAAGCAUAUUCAUUACAUCAAUGGCUCUGUGGAGAAUGCAAUCCAAAUUACAAGUGGAGAAUGGGAGGCAAUAUACAUUUUCAGAGUAACAAAUGAUGCAAUUUUCUAUUCAAGCAAUGAAUUUGAAGGCUAUCCAGGAAGAAGGAAUAUUUACAAAAUCAAUAUUGGAAGUAGACCUAUCAGAAAACAAUGCAUUACUUGCAAUUUAAGAAAAGAGAGAUGCCAGUAUUAUACAGCAAGAUUCAGUGAGCGUUCUAAGUACUAUGCCUUGAUCUGUUAUGGUCCUGGGAUUCCCAUUUCUACUCUUUUUGAGAACUACGGCGAUAGAGAGCUCAUAGUAUUGGAAGACAAUCGGGAAUUGCAGUCUGCUUUGCAAGAGAUCAAACUGCCAAAAGAAGAAAUUAAUAAACUCGAAGUGGAUGGUAUAACUUUGUGGUACAAAAUGCUUCUGCCCCCACGGUUUGAUAGAUCCAAGAAGUACCCUCUGCUUAUUCAGGUGUACGGAGGACCUUGCAGUCAGAACGUAAAGGAAACAUUUAGCAUUAGCUGGAUAACCUAUCUUGCAAGCAAAGAGGGAAUUAUUGUUGCUCUAGUGGAUGGCAGAGGGACAGCUUACCAAGGUGACAAGAUUUUGCAUGCAGUCUAUCGAAGACUAGGAGUCUAUGAAGUUGAAGACCAAAUCUCAGCAGUGAAGAAGUUUAUAGAAAUGGGGUUUAUUGAUGAGAAACGAAUAGCAAUAUGGGGCUGGGUAAGUGGUUGGUUUGUUGUAUCUAUCUUUAACUAA